AUGAAAUUAUCCCUGAUAUUUUCUUAUUCGACUCACGCACUCUUCACUCCUCUUCACUGUUCCGUUGAUAAGCCUGCGUUGAUCCUCCUCCGAACCACACCUGUUUCUCAUCAACAUUCAACAACGACGUCGACACUUCGACAGAAAGCUAACAACUCUCAACCUCUGAUUCUCGUUCUUCAUCACAAAAUUUCACCCCUAGAUUGAAUCGACUGUGGAUUCUUGGAUUCUGGUCAUAAAUGUGUUAGAUUUGUUAUCAAUAUUUAUAACCCCAAUACAAUUUGCCUUCAUCGAGGUGUUAUCUAAAAAAAUUAUUGUUUUGGAUUCUUGGAUUCUGCUAAUAAAUGUUGAGGUUAGUCGAUUUUGCUAUAUAACCGAAUAAUCUAGUCUUAUAAAAUUAUUGUUUUAACUUAUUCUAAUCUAAUUUAUUGUGAAUAAUUAUCCGUCAAAUCUCAUUGCAUAUCUUCCAUGGGUUUACCUCUACCAGGUAUGUAUGCUCCAUGACUUGAUGAAAAGUUGAUAGCAUUUAUGUUUCCUUUUUUGUUGAAUAGCAUAACACCAAAUUUAGUGUUAUACUAUUCGUUAACACAAAAUAUAGUGUUAUAGUUUCAUUAGCACAAAACGGUUCUUCUACUUUGAAUUUAUACAUUUGUAGCUUAUCAAAAGUUUUUAUAGUAUAAAACACAAUACAUAUUUACAUAAAAC